AUGGAGUCUCUGCGUCGGGCGUACGGCAUCGCCGAGCCCAUCCGCCGCGGCAUGGAGCUGAAGAUUGUCCGCGACGGCACGUUCCGGCCGGCCGUGCUGGGCGGCGUCAAGGGGGGCAACCUGCAUGAGGAUAUCUUGGUGCUUGGGGGGCGGGAUACGGAGGUUGGCUGGGAGGAUAUCUUCCAGGGUGAUGAGUUCCGGGAGCCGCCGACCUUCCACGACGAGAUGGAGAAGAGAUUGCGGAUGGAUUAG